ACAGUAUGCUGGCUAUGACUACACACAGCAAGGCCGAUUUGUCCCUGCAGACAUGAUGCAGCCACAACAGCCGUACACUGGACAGAUCUUCCAGCCAGCUCAGGCAUACACUCCAGCCACACCUCAGCCAUUCUAUGGAAACAACUUUGAGGAUGAGCCACCUUUAUUAGAAGAGUUAGGUAUCAAUUUUGACCAUAUCUGGCAAAAAACACUAACCGUGUUACAUCCACUAAAAGUAGCAGAUGGCAGCAUCAUGAAUGAGACUGAUUUGGCAGGACCUAUGGUUUUUUGCCUUGCCUUUGGAGCCACCUUGUUACUGGCUGGCAAAAUCCAGUUUGGCUAUGUAUAUGGGAUCAGUGCAAUUGGAUGUCUAGGAAUGUUUUGUUUAUUAAACUUGAUGAGUAUGACAGGUGUUUCAUUUGGUUGUGUGGCAAGUGUCCUUGGAUAUUGUCUUCUUCCCAUGAUCCUACUUUCCAGCUUUGCAGUGAUAUUUUCUUUGCAAGGCAUGGUAGGAAUCAUUCUCACUGCAGGGAUUAUUGGAUGGUGUAGUUUCUCUGCUUCCAAGAUUUUUAUUUCUGCAUUAGCCAUGGAAGGACAGCAACUUUUAGUAGCAUAUCCUUGUGCAUUGUUAUAUGGAGUCUUUGCCCUGAUUUCUGUCUUUUGAACUGAAUUUAUCUGGAAUGUGGACAUCAGCAGGCCAAAUACAUAAAAAGAACCUUGAACUCUUAAUUGGACCAGCAAACUGCUGCAGCUCAACUCUCAUACAGAUCUCCAGUAGACUAUUGGAGCAAUGGAAGUAAACGUAUCUUUGGUUCAUUUUUAUAGAACAUCUGAAUACUGUAUGGAUUUAACUACAGUGUGGCUAGCUUUAAGUGUUUGUGCUUAUACAAAUAAGAAGUGCUAUUUCAUUCCUGAUCCUGCAGCCUUUGAAAACCAUUUUUUUUCUUUACAAAUUAUAUUAUGAUGUUUUUGAUAGAUUUUUAUCAAUAAGGAAACUAGUUGAAAAAAAAGCUGAUAAUUUUUCUUUCAAACAACCCAGUUACAUACAGUAAAGAAGAAACAGGACUUACUGCAGAAGUAUUUCUCCAAAGAAUUAGGAAGGAAUAAUUGCUAUGUUCUCAAGUUAUUUACACUGAAGGAAAACAAAAAUCCCAAUACAGAGUUUUGUCUUGCACUUCAAAAAUUUGACAUUCCUAUAAAUUAUCUUUGGAAAUUUUUGCUAAAAUUCAGAGAUACUAGAAGUUCACAAUCUACCUUAUUGUAGGCUGUUUAGGUAUUAGUGUUAACUGAAACUCAACUGACCACAUUAAUACUUAGUUGGGUCUCCAUGUUCCCCAGGAGAAAGAAAAUCACUAACUUUUUUUGAGAAAAAUAUUUAAAAUUUCACAAUUUCAGUAUUUCAGUUGUCAAUGUAAAGUUCAUUUGAUGCUUAUUAAAA